AUGGCGCACAUUUAUGAGGUUGGGACGAGGGCCUGGCAGCCCGACCCAACAGAGGGAUGGUUGGCAUCCGAGGUGAAAGAGAAGCUGGUGGAUGGAGAGAAGGUGCAGCUGGUGUUUGAGGUCGAGAACGGAGAGACAAGGACCGUUGAGACCACGCAAUCAGAACUGCAGGUUGACAACAACCCCAAACUACCCCCGUUGAUGAACCCUGCGAUGCUCGAAGCAAGCGAAGAUCUGACGAAUCUUUCACAUUUGAACGAACCCGCUGUCCUACAGGCCAUUAAACUCCGCUAUGCACAGAAGGAAAUUUAUACCUACAGUGGUAUUGUCCUGAUUGCAACCAACCCUUUCGCCCGAGUCGAUUCGCUUUAUGUGCCACAGAUGGUACAAAUCUAUGCUGGAAAACAACGUGCCUCGCAGGCGCCUCAUCUGUUCGCGAUUGCGGAAGAAGCAUUCGCUGACAUGCUUCGUGAUGGAAAGAACCAAACGAUUGUGGUAUCGGGCGAAUCCGGUGCUGGUAAGACCGUGAGCGCCAAGUACAUUAUGCGUUAUUUUGCGACCCGCGAAUCCUCUGAUCAACCCGGAAAGUACACAACGAGUCGAGCAGACGCCAUCAGUGAAACCGAAGAGCAGAUCCUGGCAACGAAUCCGGUUAUGGAAGCGUUCGGUAACGCCAAAACAACCCGCAAUGACAACUCCUCCCGUUUCGGUAAAUACAUCGAGAUCAUGUUCGAUGACCGAACGAAUAUUAUUGGUGCCAAAAUCCGAACCUAUCUUCUUGAGCGGUCCAGAUUGGUUUUCCAGCCCUUGAAGGAGCGCAACUACCACAUCUUCUACCAGCUUGUUGCCGGUGCUUCGGACCAAGAAAAGCAAGACCUCAAUCUCUUGUCCGCCGAGGACUUUGAGUAUCUCAACCAAGGCGGCACGCCGACUAUUGACGGUGUCGAUGACAAGGCUGAGUUUGAGGCCACCAGAAAGUCGCUGGCUACUAUCGGUGUUCCGACGGAAGACCAAACCGACAUUUUCCGUGUUCUUGCUGCGUUGCUUCAUCUUGGUAACGUGAAAAUCACAGCAACCCGUACCGAAUCGUCCCUUUCAUCGACCGAGCCCGCCCUUGUGCGCGCUUGUGAGAUGCUUGGUAUUGAUGCCAACGAGUUUGCGAGAUGGAUCGUCAAGAAGCAACUCAUCACCCGUGGAGAAAAGAUUACUUCAAACUUGACACAGCAACAAGCUCUUGUCGUCCGAGAUUCAGUCGCCAAAUUCAUUUAUUCAAGUCUGUUUGAUUGGCUUGUGGACAAGAUCAAUCGCCGUCUGGCCACGGACGAGGUUCUUGAAAAGUUCAAGUGCUUCAUCGGUGUUCUGGAUAUUUACGGCUUUGAACACUUUGCCAAAAACUCCUUCGAACAAUUCUGCAUUAACUAUGCCAAUGAGAAGCUCCAGCAAGAGUUCAACCAGCAUGUGUUCAAGCUUGAACAGGAAGAAUAUGUGCGAGAGGAGAUCGAUUGGACUUUCAUCGACUUCUCGGAUAACCAGCCUUGUAUCGAUUUGAUUGAAGCUAAGCUUGGUGUUCUGUCGCUUUUGGAUGAAGAAUCUCGACUUCCUAUGGGCUCCGAUGAGCAGUUUGUUACCAAGCUUCAUCAUCACUUUGCCGGCGAGAAGCAAAAGUUCUACAAGAAACCCAGAUUCGGAAAGUCCGCUUUCACUGUUUGUCAUUACGCUGUCGAUGUUACCUAUGAAUCUGAUGGUUUCAUUGAAAAGAACCGUGAUACUGUGCCUGAUGAACAUUUGGAGGUGUUGCGCAACUCUUCGAAUUCAUUCAUCAAGGAGAUCCUGGACACAGCCGCUGCUGUCCGUGAAAAGGACUCUGCUUCUGUUUCAUCCAAGCCCGUGGCAGCACCCGGUCGCCGGAUCGGUGUUGCAGUAAACCGCAAACCCACGCUCGGAGGUAUCUUCAAGUCUUCGCUGAUUGAGCUGAUGCACACAAUCAACUCUACUGAAGUUCAUUACAUCCGCUGCAUCAAGCCCAAUGAGGCCAAGGAAGCUUGGAAAUUCGAGGGGCCCAUGGUCCUGAGUCAGCUGAGAGCCUGUGGUGUCUUGGAAACUGUUCGAAUCAGUACUGCUGGUUACCCAACUCGAUGGACAUAUGAGGAGUUUGCAAUUCGCUAUUACAUGCUGUGUCAUUCAUCGCAAUGGACCUCGGAGAUCAGAGAGAUGUGUCACGCUAUUCUACGAAAGGCCCUUGGAGAAGCUAGUCACGAAAAGAAGGUCAAGUACCAACUGGGUCUCACCAAGAUCUUCUUCCGGGCUGGUAUGCUCGCUUUCUUGGAGAAUUUGAGAACUUCCAGGUUGAACGAAUGCGCCAUCAUGAUCCAGAAGAAUCUGCGAGCCAAGUAUUAUCGACGUCGCUACCUCGAUGCUCGCGAGUCUAUUCUCACCACCCAGGCCUUUAUCCGGGGAUUCCUGGCACGUCAACGCGCCCAGGAUAUUCGCCGCACCAAGGCUGCUACCACGAUUCAGCGGGUCUGGCGUGGCCAGAAGGAGAAGAAGCGGUAUACUCAGAUUCGCAAGAACUUCAUUCUGUUCCAGUCCAUUGCCAAGGGAUUCCUUUGUCGGCGCAAUAUUAUGGAUUCUAUUCAUGGGAACGCAGCCAAGGUCAUUCAACGUGCCUUCCGUUCAUGGCGUCAAUUGAGGUCCUGGAGAGAGUAUCGCCGCAAGGUCAUCACUGUUCAGAACCUUUGGAGAGGCAAACAAGCGAGAAAUGCUUACAAGCGACUCCGUGAGGAUGCCCGUGAUCUCAAGCAAAUUUCUUACAAGCUCGAAAACAAGGUGGUGGAGUUGACUCAGAGCAUUCAAUCACUCAAACUCGAAAACAGGACCUUGGUCUCGCAGCUGGAAAAUUACGACACUCAGUUGAAAUCGUGGCGCAGUCGCCAUAACACACUAGAGGCCCGCACCAAGGAGCUUCAGGUCGAAGCAAACCAGGCUGGUAUCACAGCGGCCCGUUUAGAGGCCAUUGAAGAGGAGAUGGCUAAGCUACAACAAAGCCAUACCGAGGCUCAAGCUAACAUCAAACGCCUUCAAGAAGAAGAAAGGCUCUCGAGAGAGGCUUUGCAGACCGCCAACGAGGAGUUGGAGCGUCUCAAGCUUAUUGACGCCGAUCACGAAAAAGACAAGUCUGGCCUCCGCCAGCGCGUCUCGGAGCUUGAGGAACAGCUCGAGGUUGCUAAGAGAUCUGUCCCAGUCAAUGGGGUCAAUGGCGAUCUUCCAAACGGUGGCGCAGUUCAAGCGCCUGCACCAGCGUUGAUCAACCUGGUGUCCUCGAAGAAGCCCAAACCAAAGAGACGCAGCGCUGGUGCGGAGAAGAUUGAGACGGAUCGCUUCAGCGGUGCCUACAACCCUCGGCCCGUGUCAAUGGCAAUCACCCCUGGUUCCAUGGCCGCUCGUCAGAACGCAGUGAUCUCUCCGGGAUCGGAAUCCGUUGAGUACGAACUCGAAAACUUACUCUCUGAGGAGGAUGACUUGAACGAGGAGGUCGGUAUGGGUCUGAUUCGCAACCUGAAGAUCCCUCUCCCAAGCUCAACCCCACCACCUACCGAGAAGGAGGUUCUCUUCCCGGCAUACUUGAUCAACCUGGUUACAUCCGAAAUGUGGAACAAUGGUUUCGUUAAGGAGUCAGAACGCUUCCUGGCCAAUGUUAUGCAGUCCAUUCAGCAAGAGGUCAUGCAGCACGAUGGUGAUGAUGCAAUCAACCCUGGAGCGUUUUGGCUGUCCAACGUACACGAGAUGCUCUCGUUUGUCUUCUUGGCGGAAGAUUGGUAUGAGGCCCAGAAGACUGAGAACUAUGAGUACGAUCGUCUUCUAGAGAUCGUCAAGCACGAUCUUGAAAGCUUAGAGUUCAACAUUUACCACACAUGGAUGAAGGUCUUGAAGAAAAAGCUUUACAAGAUGAUUGUGCCUGCGAUUAUCGAGUCUCAGUCACUUCCAGGCUUUGUGACCAGUGAAACCAAUCGUUUCCUUGGAAAGCUUUUGCCCUCUAACAACAAUCCUGCCUACAGUAUGGACAACCUUCUCAGUCUCUUGAACGGUGUCUACAAAGCUAUGAAGGCAUUCUAUCUUGAAGACACCAUUGUCACUCAAACCGUGACAGAGCUGUUGCGUCUGGUUGGUGUCACCGCAUUUAACGAUCUUCUCAUGCGGCGUAACUUCCUUUCAUGGAAACGUGGUCUUCAAAUCAAUUAUAAUAUCACUCGGAUUGAGGAGUGGUGCAAGAGUCACGACAUGCCAGAGGGAACUUUGCAGCUGGAGCAUCUGAUGCAAGCGACAAAGCUCCUACAGUUGAAGAAGGCGACUCUGAAUGAUAUUGAAAUCAUUCAAGAUAUUUGCUGGAUGCUGUCACCCAACCAGAUUCAGAAACUUCUGAACCAGUACUUGGUUGCAGAUUAUGAACAGCCCAUCAACGGCGAGAUCAUGAAGGCUGUUGCUUCUCGUGUCACAGAGAAGAGCGAUGUACUCCUGUUAGCGCCAGUCGACAUGGAGGACAGUGGUCCGUAUGAGAUCGCCGAGCCUCGUGUCAUCACGGCUUUGGAGACCUAUACCCCAUCCUGGCUCCAAACACCGCGACUGAAGCGACUUGCUGAGAUUGUGUCAGCGCAGGCGAUGGCGCAGCAAGAGAAGCUCGAAUUGGACAAUGGGGUAAUUGAGGAAUAG